AUGAACCCGAUUAAUAUUUAGAUAGCAGUUAUUCCAUUAGAUAAAAACAUUAAGAAAAAGAAAUAAAAUUCUAAAAACAAAGACUUACCUCGAAAUUCAAUAGUGCACACCAAAGAGUUUAUGACCUCAUUUAUUUUUCCAAAAAAUAUUAACUAGAGUCAAUACUUCAGAACUAAAGAAAAUAUACAAUUUGCCCUUACUACAUUCAAUGAAAACACUCUAGGAGAAUUAGGUAUCAACAUAUUCAGUAUCGGAUACUCUGUUUCUUAAACUGAAGUCAGGCAAGAGAAGAUGGAAUAUCAUUUUUAAGCGAGAGACUUUGAACUAGUUGAUAUAUCUACAAUAUUUCAUAUGUUAAGAUUAAUGAAAAUGGAUAAGGCAUGUACAAAUUUGAAUAAAUACCUAUAAAGAUAUGAGUAAAUAGCAUCAAUUCCUUGUUCUACAUAAUUUGAAAUAAAUUAAGUGGAGGAAUUUGCUUCCAAAUAUCCUUAUGAAUGUUAUACAUAUCGACAUGAAAGACAUGAGACUGUUAUACUAAAAUACACUCAUAAUAUAAAGUUUCUACAUUUGAUGGGCAUUACAAUUGAUAUGAUAGAAAUUUAUUUAAGAGAAACAAAAACACUUCCUUGUGCUAUUAGAGUCAACAAUUAUUUACAAAUUUGGAAUCAGGUAUUUGAAGCAGUUUCUAAUGAUCAAUAAAUAUUUGAAAUGGAAGUGUAAAAUUUUAAUGGAAAUAUAUUCUAUGUUAAAAUUAAAUAAGUUCAAAUUUUUAUAGAAUAGGAAGGAAAACUGUAUGGGUAUUUAUAUUGGAUAUACUUAACUGAUACAAACUAAAAUUUAGCAAUCUAAAACUAUGAGAAAUAAUUAGAGUAACUUUAUCCAAAGCCAAAGGAAUGCCUUUAUAAAUAAAUAAAAUGA